GCCCCCGCUUCGCCAGGCUGGGCUGUGUGUGGGAGAGAAGCGUCCGAAGCCGCCUGGCCUUGCCCUCCCUCUGUGCCGCCCCGCUCCUCGGCCCGGGCCCCUCUGUGCCGCCCUCUGGCUGGGAAGGAAAGGGCUCUUCCUCCGUUUGGGCGCCGGGCAUGGAGGCCUGGGUCUUCCGGGCCCUCCUGGCCCUCCUGCCCUUGGCCUUCGGGGCCGGGAAGCCGCUCACUGAAGUGCCCAAACCAACGAAUGUUAUUGUAGAAUCAUAUAAUUUCAAUACCUCUGUACAUUGGGAUUACAAAAGCAUAACACCAGCACCUCUUUUUAUUGUGGAGCUCCAAUGCUACAAUUCAAAUACUGGUUUUAGGGAAGUCAGUGGUUGUGUGAAUAUAUCACAACACUAUUGUGAUCUCAUCCACGAAGCUGAAAAGUGUCAUGAUUUCUGGGUUAGAGUUAAAGCUGUUGAUGGACUGCAGGAAUCUAAAUAUGAAGAGACUGAAGUAUUUUAUGUAAACAGCCAUGGUCGAAUAGGACCGCCGGAGAUCAAACUCCGCGUUGUGGAUCAUGGAAUCGAAGUUGUUCUGAUACACCCUCUCACUCCAUAUUACAAGAAGGGUCCACUUAGUGUACGAGCAAAACUUGAGGACUUCAGCUACAGAGUGUCUCUUUGGAGAAAUGGAAGUCGAGAAGUGUAUGAACCAGAACCAGAAGAUUGCACACGCAAAAACUGCACCAUAUAUAUUCCAAUUCCUUCAGAGAAUACUUUAUAUUGUGUUUCAGCUCAAGGCACUUCAGAAAUCUAUUAUAUGGAAAAAGAAGAAUCAAAGGAAAGUUGUAUCACUGUUCCAUUUAAACAUGAAUCAGGUUCAAGAUUGACCUUAAUCAUUGGGGUUGUGUUAUUGCUUCUUUUGGUGGCUGUUCUUGUAAUAAUCUUCAGAUGGAUGCAUAAGAAAAACAUUAAACUUCCCAGACCUCUUGUUGCUGUGGUAAAGAAUAAAGGCAACAUUUUGGACACAAAUGAGGAACCCAAAAAUUUCUCCUUAAUUUCAUCAUUGUCUAAUGAAGUGUUGCUUACGAAUGAAAAUGAAAAAUCCCUGGAACAAGAGGAUGCUGUAGCAGAGAUUAAGGCCACUGAUCUCAGUACCUCUGGCAAAGAGGUGGAUCCUUAUGACUCCGAAAGCGCUUUAAGUAAAACAGAAGGGACAUGUAUCCAGGAAGGUGUGAUUGUGGAGAUUUCUGAAAGAGAGAAAAAUCCUGAAGAUAGUGAAAAUUAUUUUAAAUCUAUCAGUGGCCAAGAAGAAAUGGAAAACACUGAUCCAUAUGCAGAUCUUCCCAAAAAAGAUGUGCUGCUACCUGUUCGCUGGAGAAAUAUAUCCGGGUAUGACAAGCCCCAUUGGGAUGACUCAGUCUCUGAAGGAAACUCGAUGGUUACAUAGGGUGCCUGAGGCCAAUAGAAGAUGCUCCUCUUCUAAGAAAACAGUACUGAUAACCAUAAGCACUUAUAUAACCAUUCAGGGCAAUGUCCUGCAAAUAUUUGCAGUCCUGAAGUCCUUGUGGAUGAAAAAGAAGUAACAUGUGGUUGGACAUACUGUCUCUAUAUUUUACAUUCUCAAGUUAAGGCUGCUGUACUGAAUCCUUCUCAAGUCCGUCUUUGUUACUAUAUAUAUCCCCUUUCUCAUCCCCUGAGUUUGACUUCAGGAGAUAAGAGACUCUCUUCCUGUGACGUGAAAAGGUUGGGACAUGUAGCAGACAUGACAAUAGCCUUUCAAACAAUAGCACUCCGUACCCAGUCAUCACUCAGUACCCCCACAGAACCACAGGAUAUAGACUUGGAAAGACUUCUGAGCAAAAGUCCACUGAGCAGCUAGUACUGGAAAGCCUCAGCCCUGAGAGGUGGCCAUCCAACUUCUUUUUAAAUGGAGAAUCUGUUACUCUUUGGGCCCAGCCCAUUCCAGUGUCUGACCCAUUUUCAUGUCAAGAGGUUUUUCCUAAUGUUUAUUCAGCAGCUUGUUCCCUGUGACAAUCCUUCAUGUAUUUGAAAUUAACAGUCCUAUCACUUGACUGUCAUUUCUUCUCUAGGGUAAACAUACACUGCUCCUUCAGUUGUCUCUCAUUGAGCUUAACUUCAUUCAGUCAUGUAAUGUUUCAUUAUUGGGUAUCUUUUCCAUCCACAUUCCUGUAUAGAAACCUAAUAUGUAAAGAGCAUAUUUUAUUCACUUCUAGUUGCUUGUGUUCUUUUUUCUUAGCGAGAGAGUAAAAUGCUAAAACUUGCUUUGAGCCAUGGCUGAGCACUACACUAGAGACAACCAGCAGAGAUUUUAAGCUCUAGCCUUUGGGUAAACAGUCAUCUGUAACACGAAAAGGAAUGUGGAAAUCAAGAAGGAAAUCCCACAAGGCCUUAUUUAUUCUUAGAUUAUUGUGUGCACAACUGAAGACAUUAUGAAAAUGCGUUAGCAAAUUACAAGACUAUUUCACUCACUGGAAGGAAAGCUAUUUAAAACGUGGUGCUCAAAAGAUACAACAUGCAUGCAGAGUUGUAGGGGGAAAGACAGUGGAAUCUGAUAGAGUGACAGCAAAACAGCAGAUGCAUUAGACUCAUAAAUUAAGAGAUUAUGCAUAGCCAGCUGUACCAUAUAAAUGCCCAUUUGUAAUACUGCUCCAUGACUUUUGGUACUUAUCAUAUGGUCUAACAUCUGGUCAGCUCUGCCCUCCUCCUAUAUAUCUGCUCUAAUCAGGCAUGUGUCAUUGUUGCUUGUUUGUGUUUAGUUUCUUUCCAAAUUGGUUGUAGUUCAUUCCUGCUAUAAAGAGCACAAUGUGUCCUGUUAAGGAUCAUUGGGAAGAAAGCUCAGCUAACAAAUGCGGACAAAAAUACCAAAAGGGAAAUGUAACUUGAUGCCAAAUAAGAGAAAAGGAGUGUAUGGACAAAGACAGUAGUGAUGUUCAUUCUCCCAUUUCAACCCAGUGCCCUGUGUCAACGCGCAUGCGUCUCUUGGGACGGAGAUGUACCUUGCUUUUCUGUAUCUUCAACUAUCUUGCAAAUAAUUAAACCUUGAACAGUAGAGAUCUUUUUGUUCAGUUUGCCAACUACACCAGGAAACCCAACUAUCUUUUAUGAUUAAGUAUGUAGCACUGAAUGUUUGUCUGUUGCUCUGGAAGCCAUCCUGUGUCCCUUCAUCAUCAUCUUUAGUUUUUGUAACAAUUUACAAAACAAGAGUGAAGUGUGCAUUCAUCCUAUCAGUGGUAUGGCACUUCAGGAGUGUAAGCCAUACAUCUUUUCCUCCUUUGAUGUGCGCUCACUGAAAAAACACGCAGUGUAUAACAUGUAUUUCAUAGUCUCCAUUUGUCUUUAAUGCUAUGACAAUGCCACAUCAGACACUGGUAAAGUGGUGUUUGAAUGUCUUUGUAUUCACAUUAUCAAAUAUAAUAACCCCAAGUGCCAAAUAGUGAUAAUGUUCACUAAGCAUUGAAAUAAUUUUUAUGUAGUUCAACUGUACUCAGAACAAAAUAUUGCCAGUAGGUGGCACUCUUACUCCGUGGUUCAAAUAGCACUUCAAGUCCUUCCAUAAAAUGGCAGUGGAUUCCAGCUAAUGCUGGGAAGCUGACUACGCUGGGAAGCUGACUACAUAAAAAUAUGGAAUUAUUUAUCUAAUAACAUGCAUACUAUAAAUUUUGUUUCCAGUAAAUCAUGGAACAGAGAGGUUUAUUUUGCUUUUGAAAUUGUAUUUGGAAAAUAAAGGAAGCACUCUGUGUUU